ACCCCUCUUGAACCUUUUCAGCCUCCGCUUGGGAAUAGGCGCUCCCCAGCCAUCAGUCUUAGGAUGGAGAGGUCGCGGCCGCGGCGGAGGCCGAGAGGCCGAGGGUGGAAGUUUGCUCUCCUCCUGCACUUGGCGAGCAGCGCCGCUACUUCUGUGGGUAUAAUAAACAGCGAGUUAACUAUGAUCCGCGCUCCUAUUUCCUCAUCUUUAAAAUAGCAGUAAAGAUAGUAGUUACUGGGUAGGGUUGUAAUUAGAAUUAAGAUAAUACGCGUGAAACCUUAGAACAGUGGUGGCACCAGAUACUGGGUUGGCUUGUGCUGGUUAUACAGUGAUUACCUCACAAGCGCCCUUUUUACUGGAAGCUCCAGUGAAGAGAGAAGAAAGGUCAGGGCUUUAUGUCUUGACGUAUCCUUCAGGAGACCGAGCUCUUUCCGAACUUUUACUGAUUUUUUUUUUUUUUUUUUUAAGGAAGGAUUGAGUCCUCGGGCUCCAAUGCGUGGGGAUAUUUACUGCCGUUUAUCCGGGAUGGAGACUCCAUCGUGCUGACAGCGUCCUUUUAUUCACCGGCUCCUAAUUCGCAAAGAGGAGGAAGGAGGGACUUCUUGGCUUCUCCCAGCAUAGCCCCAGUUAUGCCAUCUCAGGACUAUGACCUUCCCCAGAAGGAGCAGGAGAAAAUGACCAAGUUUCAGGAGGCUGUGACAUUCAAGGAUGUGGCUGUAGUCUUCUCCAGGGAGGAACUGCGACUGCUGGAUCUUACCCAGAGGAAGCUGUACCGAGAUGUCAUGGUGGAGAACUUCAAGAACCUGGUUGCAGUGGGCAGCAAGCAUCAAAAUAAGAUGGAGACGCUCCAAAAAUUUGCAUUAAAAUACCUUUCAAAUCAAGAGCUAUCCUGCUGGCAAAUCUGGAAACAGGUUGCAAGGGAAUUAACCAGGUGUCUUCAGGGGAAGAGUUCCCAGUUACUACAAGGUGACUCUAUUCAGGUUUCUGAAAAUGAGAACAAUAUAAUGAACCCUAAAGGGAUUUAUAUUGAAAAUCAAGAGUUUUCGUUUUGGAGAACCCAGCAUUCUUGCAGGAAUAUAUAUCUGAGUGAGUCCCAGAUUCAGAGUAGAGGUAAGCAAAUUGAUGUGAAAAAUAACCUGCAUAUACAUGAAGACUUCAUGAAAAAGUCACCAUUUCAUGAGCAUAUUAAAACUGACACAGAACCGAAACCCUGCAAAGGUAAUGAAUAUGGCAAAAUCAUUAGUGAUGGCACCAAUCAGAAAUUACCCUUAGGAGAGAAACCCCAUCCAUGUGGUGAGUGUGGAAGGGGCUUCAGUUAUAGCCCAGGGUUUCCCCUUCAUCAGAAUGUUCACACGGGAGAAAAAUGCCUCAGUCAAAGCUCACAUCUGCAAACUCUUCAGAGAAUUCACCCAGGAGAGAAACUCAAUAGAUGUCAUGAAUCUGGUGAUUGCUUCAAUAAGAGCUCUUUUCAUUCUUACCAAUCUAAUCAUACAGGAGAAAAGUCCUAUAGAUGCGACAGUUGCGGCAAAGGAUUCAGUAGCAGCACGGGUCUUAUCAUUCAUUACAGAACUCAUACUGGAGAGAAACCCUAUAAAUGCGAGGAGUGUGGUAAAUGCUUCAGUCAAAGUUCAAAUUUUCAGUGCCAUCAGAGAGUCCACACUGAAGAAAAACCAUACAAAUGCGAAGAGUGUGGUAAGGGCUUCGGUUGGAGUGUUAAUCUCCGUGUUCACCAGAGGGUCCACAGGGGUGAGAAACCCUAUAAAUGUGAGGAGUGUGGUAAGGGCUUCACUCAGGCUGCACAUUUUCACAUCCAUCAGAGAGUGCACACUGGAGAGAAACCCUACAAAUGUGAUGUGUGUGGUAAGGGCUUCAGCCACAAUUCACCAUUAAUAUGCCAUCGGAGAGUCCACACAGGAGAGAAACCAUACAAGUGUGAGGCGUGUGGGAAAGGCUUUACCCGUAAUACAGAUCUGCAUAUUCAUUUCAGAGUUCACACGGGAGAGAAACCCUAUAAAUGUAAGGAGUGUGGUAAGGGCUUCAGUCAGGCUUCAAAUCUUCAAGUCCAUCAAAAUGUCCACACUGGGGAGAAACGAUUCAAAUGUGAAACGUGUGGGAAGGGCUUCAGUCAGUCCUCAAAGCUUCAAACCCAUCAGAGAGUCCACACUGGAGAGAAACCAUACAGAUGUGAUGUGUGUGGUAAGGAUUUCAGUUAUAGUUCAAAUCUUAAACUACACCAAGUAAUUCACACCGGAGAAAAACCAUAUAAAUGUGAGGAAUGCGGGAAGGGCUUCAGUUGGAGAUCAAAUCUUCAUGCGCAUCAAAGAGUUCACUCAGGAGAGAAACCCUAUAAAUGUGAGCAGUGUGAUAAGAGCUUCAGUCAGGCCAUCGAUUUCCGGGUGCAUCAGAGAGUCCAUACUGGAGAGAAGCCAUACAAAUGUGGUGUCUGUGGUAAGGGCUUCAGUCAGUCCUCUGGUCUUCAAUCCCAUCAGAGAGUCCACACAGGGGAAAAGCCAUACAAAUGUGAUGUGUGUGGAAAGGGCUUUAGAUACAGUUCGCAGUUUAUAUACCAUCAGAGAGGCCACACUGGAGAAAAACCUUACAAAUGUGAAGAGUGUGGGAAAGGCUUUGGUAGGAGCUUGAAUCUUCGCCAUCAUCAGAGGGUCCACACGGGAGAGAAACCCCACAUAUGUGAGGAGUGUGGUAAGGCCUUCAGUCUCCCCUCAAAUCUUCGAGUCCACUUGGGUGUUCACACCAGGGAAAAACUCUUUAAAUGUGAAGAGUGUGGUAAAGGCUUCAGUCAGAGUGCACGUCUUCAAGCCCAUCAGAGAGUCCACACUGGAGAAAAACCAUACAAAUGUGACAUAUGUGAUAAGGACUUCCGUCACCGUUCACGUCUUACAUAUCAUCAGAAAGUCCAUACUGGCAAAAAGCUUUAGAAAUGAGAAGUGUGUUACCAACUUUUGUCUGAAUGCACCUUUUCAAGUUUUUGGAGAGUGCAUGCUGGUGGUAAACCCUAUAAAAGUGUUGAGAGUGGAAGGGGGUUUAUUCACGUUUGGAAUCUUUCUAACAAAUCCAUCAAGAUGAUGACAUAGAACCAUGAACAGGAAUAGAACUCGUAUUUAGGGGAAAAAUGGGGCUUGUGGCUCUCUUGGUAAGAUCUAGUUAAUAUAAAUGAUCACCUUUCAAUGGGAAUAUAUGCCUGAAGAUAAUGUGUGGAAGGAUAUUUGCCAUAUGCUAACUGGUUUUUUGGCCAGGGAGAGUUUUGAGUUAUUAUUCCUUUUCUUUAAUUUUCAUUUUAUACCUACAGUGAUCAUUAUUUUCAUGAAAGCUGUAAAGCUAUGAAUAAUGAAUAAAAUUACUGACUAAAAAUUUUCUGUAA